AUGCCUCGCAACGGAGACGGAUCCAGUGACAAUGGUCCUAUCGAGGGUCACGAAAUCCUGCAUGGAAUGACCGGGGAUGAUUCACUUCAACACACAAAGCACGCCGCACCGAUGCCCGCGGCAGAGCACGGAGAUGCUCUUCCAGGCAUGUCGGGCGGCGGCACCGCAGCCACGGUCCCCGUAUCCAUCAACGGCACACAGCAAAGCGAUGUCGUCGAAGCGUCGGAGGAGUCCUCAUCCACAUCCAUCUCUAAGAAGCGUACUGAGCCCCACCACGCCUCGCCCGAGCGCUCGCAGCUCGACCAGAAGUUCACAAAGCUCGACGCGGACGAAGUCGAUAUCGCGGCCGCGCAGACCGAAUCGCAGGAGCGCGGAGCGCGCGCACAGAGACGCAGUGAUGCGCUUGGCGAGACCAAGUCUGAGAAACAGCAGAAAAUGGGUGGUACGGAAGAAGCGAGCAAGUUUGGGGGCCAUGCUGACGUCGAGGCGUUGCAUGGGGCUGCCACAUUGGAGGGGGAUAAGAGUAGCGAGGGUGCUGGGAAGACGAAGAAACAGGGAAAUGGAGCCGUGGAAGUACACGAUGCGGACAUGUUGCAGAGGAAGAAGGCAGAGAAGUUUGGGGGCGUCAAUCUAGAGAACGAGGGACAGACGACGGCGAAUGCGAGUAAGCCUACUGGUGAGAAUGGCGGUGCGCAUGCGGGCGAGCAUGGCGAAACCCAUGUGAAUGGUAAGGAGCAACAGAUUGGAACCAAGACUGCGGGUAGGAAGGAUUCCCUGCCGGUGGAUGGCAAGGAGAGCGGCCAUGCUAUGGAUGGCAAGGGGAGUGGUAAUGGCGCUGUGGAAGUGCAUGAGGCUGAUAAGCUGCAGAGGAGCAAGGCAGCCAAGUUUGGUGGCGUCAACCUUGGAGACGAAUAA